AUGUUCCCCGCAACUAGGGCAAUCCCCUCGCCCCUCGCAAGGGCCUACAUCGCCCAAAGCACAAGACGCGCAAGCACGCACCCCGCCCGCGCACAACCCCCACCACCCCCACCACCCCGACCCUUCCACCGCCCACCUCCCCCUCCCCUCGAAGCCACAACAGAAGCAGAAGAACCCGGCACCCCAACCGCCCAACCCCGCCAAGGCCCCCUCCGCCACAUCUGGCCCUUCAGCAAAGGCAUAGCCGCCACGCCCUCGCUGCCUCCCCUCCCCGUCCAAGCCGCGAAUUGGACGGAGCCCCGCGAUCCCGAGCGCGGACGCCGAGCAGCGGAGCAAGUUGUGCGGACGGGAAAGCUGGAUGAGAGAUAUAGAGAUCCGGCGAAGAAGGUCAAUCGCAUUAUUAUUGCUAUGCCGCUUGUCAUUUACUUGGGGUGGGUGCUUUGGCAGCGGCGGUUUGAGGGGGUGGAGCAGAAGACGUUUCCGAGGGUGAGGGGGCAGGAGGAGUUGAGGUGA